AUGGCUCCCGUAGAGCAAGAUGUGGAAAUGAAAAAUGUGGACAGCCCAACUGCAGCCAGCGACGUAGAAACUAAUGAAGUAAAGAAAGAUGCCGAUGUUCUAGCUGUUCAAGAUUUGAGGGAACAUGUUAGACAAAUUGAUAAAGCUGUAUCAUCGAAGGAACCAAGGUUUGCUAUGCGCGUUCUUAGAUCUAUACCGAAUACAAGAAGGAAACUAAACGGAAAUGUACUUCGUGCUAUUAUUAAUCAGCUCUAUCCCGCAAGUCCAGACAAAGAAGCCGUGAUCGCUUUCGUUGAGAAUCCACUGCCUGGUGCAGUUGAAAUAGAAGCUCCACGCUCUAGAAGUGCUCCGAAAACUCCUGCACCCGAAGUAGAUGCUUAUAUACAUCUGUUGGUAUUACUUCGUUUGUUGGAUACAAAUAAACUUGAAGAAGCUGUAGAAUGUUCACAACAACUAAUGAACAAAGUAACAGCUCAAAACCGCAGAACUUUGGAUUUAAUUGCUGCCAAGUGUUAUUUCUACCAUUCACGAGUUUUUGAGCUUACCAAUAAGUUAGACCUCAUUAGAGGUUUGUUGCAUGCUCGUUUGCGAACAUCAACCUUAAGAAAUGAUUAUGAAGGUCAAGCAGUUUUGAUAAAUUGCCUUUUGCGUAAUUAUCUACAUUAUGCUCUGUAUGACCAAGCUGACAAAUUGGUUAGUAAAUCAGUGUUCCCAGAAAAUGCUAGUAACAAUGAGUGGGCAAGGUUUUUGUACUACCUUGGUAGAAUUAAAGCUGCCAGAUUAGAGUACAGUGAUGCACAUAAGCAUUUAGUUCAAGCUUUACGUAAAGCGCCUCAAACGGCUGCUGUUGGAUUUAGGCAAACUGUGCAAAAACUGGCUAUUGUUGUAGAGUUACUGUUGGGUGACAUACCAGAGCGAGCAAUAUUCCGCCAAGCACCUCUUAGGAAAGCUCUAGCUCCUUACUUCCAGCUCACACAGGCAGUGAGACUUGGUAAUCUACAAAGAUUUGGAGAGGUUUUGGAAAACUUUGGGCCUCAGUUCCGCAGUGAUCAUACUUUUACAUUGAUUCUACGCCUCAGACAAAAUGUCAUUAAAACUGCAAUCAGGUCAAUUGGAUUGUCAUAUUCUCGAAUUUCUCCCAAAGAUAUUGCUAGAAAACUAGGCUUAGACUCGGCUGAAGAUGCAGAGUUCAUUGUUGCCAAAGCCAUCCGAGAUGGAGUUAUUGAAGCUACACUUGACCCAGAAAAGGGUUACAUGAGUAACAAGGAAAGCUCCGAUAUCUAUUGUACAAGGGAGCCACAAUUAGCUUUCCAUCAGCGUAUAUCUUUCUGUCUUGAAUUGCACAAUCAGAGUGUGAAAGCUAUGAGAUAUCCCCCCAAAUCAUAUGGCAAGGAGUUGGAGAGUGCAGAAGAAAGAAGAGAAAGAGAACAACAAGAUUUGGAACUUGCUAAAGAAAUGGCUGAAGAAGAUGAUGAUGGUUUCCCU